UUCGCUGAGAAAAUUCAAUUGCAACCAGUGUUAAAGAGAACGUGUUGAGUUUAGUGACCUUUUAAAAUCAUUAACUUUCUUGCUAAUUUUCGAAUUAAAACAUUAAGAAUAAAAUGGGGAGUGCUAAUACGGUGUUAAAUUUUGGUGCUGGGCCAGCAAAAUUACCACAAGAGGUUUUAGAAUAUGUUCAAAAGGAGCUUCUUAAUUUUAAUGGAAUGGGGAUGAGUGUGAUGGAAAUAAGCCACCGAUCAAAAGAAUACAUGAAAAUAAAUAGUGAUGCGCAAAAAUCGGUUCGGGAAUUAUUAAAGGUUCCAGAUAACUAUAAAAUAUUAUUUAUGCAAGGUGGAGGAACCGGUGCAUUUGCAGCCGUAGCAAUGAAUUUAAUGAAUCGUACCGGAACCGCCGAUUAUUGCGUAACAGGAACUUGGUCAUCAAAAGCGGCCCAAGAAGCCGCAAAAUACGGAAAAGUCAACUACGUUUUUCCCGUUGCUAAAAAACCGGGUUCAAUCCCCGAUCAAUCCACUUGGAAAUUAGAUCCGAACGCAUCGUACGUUUAUUAUUGCGCAAAUGAAACCGUCGAUGGGGUCGAAUACGAUUAUAUCCCCGAAACGAACGGGGUUCCCUUAGUUUCAGAUAUGUCAUCAAGUAUUAUGACUAAAGAAUUCGACGUUUCAAAGUUUGGAGUGAUUUUAGCGGGGGCGCAAAAAAAUAUUGGCCCGGCUGGAGUUACCGUUAUUAUUAUUAGAGACGAUUUAAUUGGGAAUCCCAUGAAAAUUUGCCCCUCCGUAUUCGAUUUUACAAAUAUCGACAAAAAUAGUUCCAUUCAUAAUACUCCAGCAACUUUCUCCGUUUACGUGAUGAAUUUAGUAUUCGAAUGGAUUAAAAAGAACGGUGGAGUCCCCGAAAUGGAACGCCAAGCAGCUAAAAAAAGCGAAUUGUUAUACAACACAAUAAAAGAAUCAAACGGCUUCUACAGUUGUCCAAUUGACGCAAAUUGUAGGAGCCGCAUGAACGUUCCAUUUAGAGUUGGAGGAGCUGAAGGAAAUGAAGCUUUGGAAGAGAAAUUUUUGGCUGAAGCUCAAAAAUUAAAUAUGCAUCAAUUAAAAGGGCAUAGAUCUGUUGGUGGGAUAAGAGCUUCCUUGUAUAAUGCAGUUUUAUAUAGUGAUGUUCAAGGAUUAGUUAACUUUAUGUUAGAAUUCAAAAAAUAUAACUCUUAAUUAAUUAAUUAAUGUUUUUAGUAUUAAAUUUAAAUGUACUCUCUA